UUUGCCAUACUCUCACACGGCGUCCAGGACGACCCAAUCUACUGUUACGCCAAUCACGGUGCCCUCCAAACCUUCCGGUGGUCCGCCGACGAAUUUUACGCGCUCCCCUCGCGCUACUCGGCGCCCGACGGCGCCGCGCGUCGAGUCCGACACGCGAUCGUACAGGAAUCCGUCAGUGACGAAUUUCGGGUGUUGCCUCCCAGUGUCCGACAAACCAAAGACGGAGAUUUGUGGCGCAUUACAGGGAUAUGGUUAUGGAAUGUGUACAACGACGAACGACAGCGCGUGGGACAAACCGCUCUCUAC